AUGCUCUACGCUGGAGACGACGAAGAUUCAGGAACUACAGAUAACGUGCCUUCGGUUUAUUUGCCGGAAAGUCACAGCGGAUCAUUAGCCACGGGAAACAUCGGUCUCGGAUUCGGAUUGACUGCAAUCGCUGCAGCCGCAUGUGCAAUUGGAUCAUUGGCACCAUUUCUCGAUUACCUCUUUCCGUUCCUUCCAUUUUUGCAAAAUUUUCGCAUCACUCAAUCAAAGGGAUUCUUGGCCGGCUCACUUUCUUUGGCUUCCGGUAUCCUAUUAAACUUGGCAUUAGGUGAUUUAUUUCCGGAAGGAGUUAGCUCCUUAGGUCACUCAAAAUUGUUUCCAAUGAAAUGGAGUCGAAUGAUUGCUACGGCUGUAUUUAUUUUUACUACCACUCUUUUGAUCACUGCUAAAUACUUUAUAAGGAAAAGAUUUGGGAUCAAACAUCAUCAUCAACAGUAUAGUUGCUCUUGUGAUACUAAUUUAGUCGACACUAAAGAAAGUGUAUAUAACAUUAGCGGUGACAAUAACGAGAAAAUUGACCACCAAAAUCACGUUGUUGUUGUUGAUCAAAGUAAUAAAGCUAGUUGCAUUAUUCAUAAUGGUCAUGAAGAUAAAGCUUUGGAGGCAAAGAGAUUAAAGUCUCUUGGAAUUCAGAUUGCUGUUGCUUUGGCUAUUCAUAAUUUCCCCGAAGGAUUAGCAACAUUUGCUACAACAAUAGCAUCUGCUCGGAUUGGCGUCGUAUUUGCCAUUGCACUUGCAUUACAUAAAUUCCCCGAAGGUUUAAUCAUCGCACUACCAAUCUACUAUGCAACCGGAUCCCGAUGGAAAGCAUUCGCGAUUUCCGCAACUGUUGGUGUAUUUUCACAAAUGCUUGGUGCAGUAUUCGGAUACGUUCUUUUCGUCACAUACUGGAACGAAGCAGUCACAGGAUUCUUGUUCUCGAUCGUGACUGGUAUUUUAUUGUUCACUAUUUUGCAUAGUAUGUUACCGCUGGCACAUAGUUAUGAUCCUGAGAAUCGAUAUUGUACCAUUUGGACGUUUGUUGGUAUCUUCUUCUUUGGAAUUGUUAAUUCAAUCUUUGACCUCGCAUGA